AUGCGAACAUUUUGGUAUUAUGAGACGGAUUCAACAGAAAUGGCUAAUAAUUGGUUACCUUUUUCUGAUAUUGGAUGUGAAAUUCUUGAAGAAGCAUUUAAAACGAAAGACGAAGAAAUUGAACUUGAUGAUUAUGUGGUAAAUUUGAAGGAAAAUAUUUUAAUAAAAAAAGAAAAUAAAUCAAAACAAUAUCGAAUAAAACGUGUCGAAAAUGUUUCAAGAACUGAAAUGAUACGACAUGGUCGAUUUUGUGAUUAUGAACCAUUAACAAAUCGUUCGUUCAAAGAAAGUGAUAAUAAAGGUGAUUAUCGUGGUUUUAUUUGGAGUUGGUACGAAAAACAGAAUGAAUCUGGUGUAGUGAGUCUACCGACUAUCAUCGAAAAAGCUGCUGUUGGAAUACAAAUUGAAGGUAAAUUAUGUAGGAAGUCACAUGAAGCUAAUUGGUUAACAAAUCGGUUAUUACAAGUAAAACAUCAAAAAGAAGAUAUAGUUGGAAAAUGCUGUAUUAUGUUAUAUACACGCGAAUGUUUUCUCUAUUCAACGAUUAAUCUUGCUUUGCGAGCUGAUGAUCAAACAAAAUUCGAUACUUUAGGUCCAUUUUGCUAUUUAUUGAAGUUUGUUGGACUUUUGACUUUGUAUCCAGACUAUAUGUAUGAACAAAUUGUUUAUCGAAGUAUGAAUUUGAAUUUGGAUCAAAUCGAACAGUAUAAAAAAGCUGCUAUUGAUGGAGACUUAAAACAAUGGUUAUGUUUCUCAUCAACAACGAAAAGUCGUCGGGUAGCGAAAUUUUAUGGUGGAAAUUCCUUAUUUAUCAUUGAAUUACCUAUUAAUGAAUACUCUUUUGGCAUUGACAUAUCAAAAUUUUCAAUUAUUCCCGAAGAAGAAGAAGUUUUAUUGCCAACUCAAAUAUGCUUUCGCGUAAAAAAAGUUGAUUAUGAUGAAAGCAAAAAAAUGCAUAUUAUUCAUUUGAAUAUGAAUAUGUAUUCUUGA